AUGCCUAUGGAACACAAGAAGACAUUACUCGAGACCACAGAUGACUGCAAUGAAGACAAUAAACAGCCACAGAUUUACGCGAAAAACUCAAUGGACAGAUUCGGUGAUGAUUUGUGUCAACUAUUAUUGUCUUAUCUCUCACUCGAAGAUCGGUUUCGAAUGGAAUGUUUGUCCAAACAGUUCCGGAGGACAGUCUUCGGGAGUGUUGUCGACAUCACUCUAUACAACCGAUUUAUACAGAGAUUAUUGAUUGAGAAGACAAUUGACACCCAAUUGUUGGCCACAAUUGCCAUAAAGUGUCCAAACAUUGAGACCAUUGACUUCAGAGGAAUGAUCAAUGAAUGCAAAGAACAGAUUCCAGAAGUGUUGCGAUUAUUGCGAGACAAUUGUCUUAAUUUGCGAGAAGUUUACUGUCGUUUCAACGAAACGACGGCACAAUUGUCUCAACAGUUCGGACCACUGGUCACACGAAUCAAUUGCAAUGAGUUGUCCUACGAUAUCGUCGACACCACUUCCGGACAACUAUUGGCCAACAAUUUGAAGACAUUUGAGUUGAAUUAUUAUUACGCCGAAGACAGACAACUAUUCACUGCAUUUGUGGCACACAAUCAGUGUCUCAAAAGUCUAAACAUUUUAGAUAUUUACGAUCUGAACGAUACUCUUCCCGAACUGGCCGUACAAUUGUCACGAUUAACACAAUUACGGGAACUCACACUCGGGUUAGUGUUUGACGUAUUGGACGACCAGAUGUCCGCAGCCGUGACCCAGUGUUUGCGUACAAUAGGCGUGAAUUGCAAAGGAUUGAAACGAUUGACACUCGCACUGACUUUUGUGGGACUGUCCGAAACCACAUUCCAGAUAUCAUUGGAUUCGUUAGGAGUUUAUCGCCAAUUAAAACGAUUACAUAUAAGAGCGGAUGAGAUCAUCGCUGACCUGUUGUUGGAUCCGUUGAGACACUGCCAGAGAUUAACGCAUUUAGAGCUCUGUUUGCAAAAAAUGACAGCAAAUGUGUUGAAAGAUAUGCAUAUAAAGUGUCCGCGACUUCAGUAUCUAUUUAUUGGAUACUUUCAUAACAUCGACACCGAGUCUUUGUCACACGUCUCAAGACUACCGGCGCUGCAAAUGCUUGUCAUUGCCAAUGACUGUGAGGCAGAAUCUGCUGAUCUCUCGGAUAAUGAUUUCUGGGAUCUGUUGUCCAGAAAUAUGGCACAACAGAUGGAACACAAGAAGACAUCACUCGAGAUCACAGAUGACGGCAAUGAAGACAAUAAACAGCCCCAGAUUUACGCGAAGAACUCAAUGGACAGAUUCGGUGAUGAUUUGUGUGAACUUCUGUUGUCUUACCUGUCAUUCGAAGAUCGGUUUCGAUUGGAAUGUGUGUCCAAACAGUUCCGGAGGACUGUCUUCGUGAGUGUUGUGGACAUCACUCUAAGCGACCGAUUUAUACAGAGAUUAUUGAUUGAGAAGACAAUUGACACACAAUUGUUGGCCACAAUUGCCAUAAAGUGUCCAAAGAUUCAGAUCAUUGACUGUCGAGGAAUAGACAGAGAAUAUAAAGAACACAUUCCGGAAGUGUUGUCCAUAUUUCGAGACAAUUGCCGGCAUUUGCGGGAAAUUUACUGCAAUAUAUGGCCAAUUAGUGGCCAAACAACGGGUUCAUUGGAAGCACUGAUCACACGAAUCGUUGGCUUCUGGCCAAUACAGGGGCGACCGCUGUCUCUAUACCACCGAUUAUCACACUUAGGGAUCAUUAAUAUUCGGUUCGCGUUUGACUGCAAAUCGGAUCAAUUGUUAGCCAAAAAUUUGCAUAAAUUUGAGCUAAAAUUUUAUGCCGACUCCGAUAUCGACCGCUGGUCUGCAUUCGUGGCACAGAAUCAGUGCCUCCAGAGUCUGGCCGUAAAGGAGUUUGUUUUCCUAACGCAAGAAGCGGUGGCCGAACUGUGCGGACAAGUGUUACGAUUACCGCACUUACGGGAACUGACACUCCGUUUGUUAACCUACUCUCACAUCCCUAUCAACCACUCGUUGCUCACAAUUGGUGUGAAUUGCAAACAAUUGCAACGAUUGUCUCUCGAUGUCACUCAAAGAGCAUUCAGCAUAACCGCAAUACCGGACAAACCGGUACUUCAGAUAGCGUUGGACUCGUUAGGAUAUUACCGACGGUUAAAAUGGUUGCGUUUAGAGGUCGACGCUGUCAUCAUUGACCAGUUGUUGGAUCCGUUGCGACACUGCAAGAGAUUAACGCAUUUAGAGCUCUAUAUUAAAGAAAUGACAGCAAAUGUGUUGAAAAAUUUGCAUCAAUACUGUCCACGACUUCAAUACCUAUUCAUUCGUGACAUGAAUAACACGAUAGACGGCGAGUGUUUGUCUCACAUCUCAAGACUACCGGCGCUGCAAACGCUUGUCAUUGACUGCCAUAAAGAUAUUGAUCUCUUGGAUAUUGAUUUGAAUGCUGUGUUGUCUUCGAGUCCUAAACUCAAGACAAUUGAAAUCCGUGUAAACAAUGAGAAGAAGUUUUAUUCAAAGUAA